GGCAAGCAGAGAGCUUUGAUGCGCAGCAGCGGUUGCCAUCGCCUCUCGGAUGAUGGCGGCGACACCGAAUCUCUGUGGUGACGAAUUCGAAUAACAAUAAUUAAGUUAACAAACUAUUAAAAUCGGAUUGUAAAGUUGCAUAUUGGUACUAAGGCGUUCAACACAUACUGGUUUCGAAUAUUGAAGGAAACGGGUCCGGUAAGUGUUCAUUUGCGGCAGGUUUUUGAAAACACGAGUCCGCGAAAGGAAGAGGAACGCUAAUUUGUGCAAGGGGAGAGUCUGGAGUCUCUUCCUUCUCCGCCAUUUUGUGACAACAAGAAGCAGAAAACACGAGAACCGAAAGGUAGCUAACGUUAGCAGCACAUCUUUGGUAAAACAUAAUUUAAGACGAUGCACAUGUAGACAUUUUAUUUGAAAUCAUAAUUAAAAGUAGGUAACACUUCGUUAGACUGAAUUCAAAAGUAGCUCGUAAGUCUGACGUGGGUCAAUGUGAGGUGUUAGUUAUUUUGUUUUCUUGUCGAGACAAGACAUGCUAGCUAAUGUAACAGUUGGAUGGCCAUUGCGUAUUAUCCUGCUAAUAAAUGCUUUAAAAUGAAACAAAUACAUAUUAAUGGAAUUGCUACCACGUUUAUCGAGUAUAACCUAAAUAAUCAGAGUUGUAAUAGUCUGGUUUUAACUAGCUAACACUCAACAUGGAGAUGCAUGAGGACUAGCUAGCUAAUGUUGGAACUAAAGCAAACAAAGAAAAUAGAUCAGACUGGCAUAUGUCAAUUCAAAUAUUUGAAUACUUCAAGCUUACUAGCAACUGCAGCUAGUAGGUGUAUUGUGGUAACAAUAGCAAUUUAGCUAGCUAGUUAACGUAAUCCUUUUAGAGAUUCCCUAAAAACACGCCACUUCAAUACAGCUACGACCGGACGUUAGUUUUUCGCAGUAGGUUAAAACUAGCUUAAGGUCAUGGUUAGCGAACAUUUUCUCCUAACCGUUCUUUUAUACCUCAAUGCUCCAACCCUGCUACGAAAAGUCACUUUUAUAAUAUUUGAUGAUCUGCUGUAGCAGCUCAAGUAUCAUUAUUGAACGGCUUGCUCUUGAAACUUCCACUCAAUUAAUUGGUACUUCUUUUACUUCCCUUUCAGAGCUCAGAAUGACAAAUGAGGAACCUCUUCCAAAGAAGGUGAGAGCCCGCCUCUAUUUGUAUACCAAGAUUCCAGUAUUGAUAGUUUUAUGUAGCUAAAGCCUUUUACUUUCUGACUCUUUCCCAUUUUCUUCAUUCAGGUUCGCCUCAGUGAAUCUGACAUGAAGACCCUGACCCGAGAGGAACUGUGUGUGAGGUAAAUAGAUAACACUACGGUAGAUGGAAGAGGGUGGGAUGAUUGUUUCUGUUUGGAUGUGAGAACAAGUGUGUUCAUGUUUAUUAUUGGUCCUUUAGGUGGAACCAACAUGAAGCCUAUGUCCAGAUCCUGGAGGCAAAAUAUGCUGAUCUGAAUUGUAAGUGCUCCACACAAUGUAGGCCUACUCCCAACAUUUUACCAAGUCAUCAUUCAGUAGAAUAAGAGUGAAGAGUGUCAGCUGUUGAUAGGGAAGGAUUAUCCUAUGUUUCUAGUGGUAGGCUUUGGGUAUCAGUUUCAAAUUUUAGAAGUACAAAUACUCACACUCAACACCUUUUGAAGUUUUUAUUUUCGUUUAGGUGUUGAUGACUUUUCAGUUGACACAUGAUAGUGAGGUUAACUGUGCGUUGUUUUUCUCCACUCACCGUCUCAGCGAACGAUGUGACUGGGUUGAAGGAGUCUGAGGAGAAGCUGAAGCAGCAGCAGCAGGAGGCGUCACGCAGGGAGAACAUCCUGGUCAUGCGGCUCGCCACCAAGGAGCAGGAAAUGCAAGAGUGUACAGUACGUAUCCCACUGCAAUACUUCCUGCUGUUUUUCUAAAUGAGGGGACUGGGGGAUAUGUAGGCCUAGUUUUAGCUUUAAAGAGGAACUAUUGACAUUUUCUCGUUUGGUUUUCAAUGGCACAUCUAACCAUUACAUACAUUUUGUCUUCAAUGGUAAUCGCUCUGAUGUUGCAAGGCGUCACAAUUCUGGCAUAAAAAUAGAUUUGCAAACAGGUUCAUUGUGUCUUAUUCAUGCACCUUUUAUUUUAGUAACAAAAUGUUAGUCACGCGGUAGACCUCAACAUUCUGGAUACAAGUGUAGAUAUUGAACUUAGUCUAAAUCCUAUUCCCAAGCUGUGCUGGGAAAGGGGGGUACAGUACAGCAUAGUUUCCACCUUAUCGAUGGUUUGUCAAUAGUUUACUCCUCCCUGCUCACCCCAAGUCUUUAGUGUCACACUCCUGAUGGAAACAAAAUAACACUAGAGCUCACAUUAACAUAAACACUGGUGACUAGGGCUGGGAAUUGCCAGGGACCUCACGAUACAAUAUUAUCACGAUACUUAGGUGCGGAUACGAUUUGUAUUGCAAUUCCAUACUCUGAUUUUUAUUGCGAUUCGAUGUUCAAAACAUAUUGAUCACCAUAUGUCUGCUGCAGAGAGACAAGAGUUUUGAUCAGUCAUGGAAAUAAAAGUGCUGAAAACACAUUGGCUCCCUAUUUAAAAAGAUGAUGGAGAACAAGCUAUGAAGGAACUGUAGUUUUAGUGCAGGUAUAGCCAAGAAGCGCAAAAUAGUAUUGCGAUAUUGUCAAACCGAUACAAUAUAUCGUUUUUUUAAAAAUGAUAUCCCUAAUAUGUAACUAUCGAUCCACCUCCCCUUCACUACUGGCGACACACUGGUGCUGGGUAAGUCUCAGGUAGAAAUUCAGUAUAUGGACAAUAUGAAGCCUUGCUUGUCAGAGCUCUCACUUUCUGAAUGACAGCAUAUUGGCUCACCCAACAGCAAAUGCCAUUCAUUCUGUCGGGCAACUGAGGUCAAUCAAACUGACUCGGAUAGUUGGGUGCAUAAAAUGUUACCCUGAGUUAUGGUGUAUAACAUGAGUCCAGUCCCACACUUGGACUCUGUAGUUGAAACAAGAAUGUGUCUUUUGAAGGCAAUAACUUAUUUUCAAUAAUGAUUUACAAAGUUAAAUGAAUGUGUAAGCAUGACUUUGUGUUCAGCUACAGUAAUGGUGACUGUGAUUUUAUAGUUCUGUUAUUAGCCACAUCCAUUGCCUCUUGUGUAAAUUAAGUCAAGUCAAUGUAUUUUUAUUGUUAACUUUCAGAAGCCUAAGGAGGGAUUUUCUAAGUUGAGUUUAUGUGCUUGUGCAUUUAUUGACACUUGUCUCUUUCAACCUGCAGACCCAGAUCCAGUACCUCAAGCAAGUCCAACAACCCAGUGCCGCCCAACUGCGGUCGUCCAUGGUAGACCCGGCCAUCAACUUAUUUUUCCUCAAAAUGAAGGGUGAACUGGAACAGACUAAAGACAAACUGGAGCAGGCCCAAAAUGAACUGAGUGCCUGGAAAUUUACACCAGAUAGGUAAAGACAAUCAAAAUAACUCCCCCUCCUCCCACCCCCCCCAAAAAAAGUCAAGACAUCCUCACACCCCCCACCCCCACUGCAGGCAUGCAGAAAUCAUGGUGGGGGGGAUGGCUGAGAAAUACUGUACUCACCACAAGACUCAGACUUUACCAAAAACCCAAACACAAAAAAACAAACUGCCAUCCAUGUUUUGUGUGCUCUUGUACUGUCCCCCAGCUACAUAUCACAUAAUCUAAACUGAAUGAAAAAAACAGUAUGGUCAGGUGACACUUGUGUUUCAGCUCUCUCAUCCCCCCUCACCGUCCAGGGGCCCUGAAGGAGUCGGGACUGUUCCUGAAGAGGUGGUCACGUCCGACACGGAUAUGCCCCCCCUCCCUCCUCUCUCAGCCCAAGCCAGACAGUUGCCUUAUUAAAUGGGGGUGGGGGGGGUUAUGGUGGAGAUUGAGGCAGUCUUGGGCAAACUGCCGGAGCAGGGAGAGCACCCCUAGCCUAAAUCACCAAUUGAACAUUUAAAGACAAUGCCCCGCUAGCUAAAGACAUUUAACAGUGGAAAACACCACACCCAUACCCGCUAGUGCUCCUGAGACUCUAAGACUCUCGGACAGAUUGUAGAAUACAAUGAAAAUACUGUGGGAAAGGUUCUAGGAUAAGCUGUAAGACUUUGGAGGGAGGAGCCAGUAGAAUGUUUAAGACUCUGGGGGAGGAGCCAGACCCUCAGUCCAGAAGUUGAGGCGUGAGUGAGCGAGGGUCCGAUCGCCUGUGUCUUUGCGCAUGGGCCCACAUACGGAUUGAGUGUAUUUACAUGUUUUAUUUUGUGAGUUGCCUCUUAUGUUGCUGUUUCAUUUACUUUCCUCUUUUUGGUUCUCUGAAAUACUCUUGCACUGCAGUGUGUCAACAGAGACAUUUGCUCUGUUCGAUUUGAUGAUCUUGAAAAAAAGAACAUCUGGUAGGCUACAUUAUUUUGAUGGUUGAUGUUUCCAAAUUAUUAUUUGUAAAACGUACACACUGCAGUUGGUGCUUGAGUUUUAUUUUCUCAUAAUGACUACAAAUGUGUGAAACAAGUAAUGUUACAACUUCAUGAGAAUGUAUUUAUUCAGUGCAAUAUGAUAUUGUUCUUUGUGUAUUCAUGUUGUUGACCUCACACCCCACCCCAGCAACCUUAAACCUUUUUUUGUUGGGGGGUCAAUUCCAGUUGACAUUUUAACAGAUGAAAUUAAUUGGACUAUUUAUGGGCAUAGUAAUUUAUGAGAAAUAUGCAAAUCAUUGAUUGAUUUUCAAUUUAAACAACGCAACUAGGUAAACAGCCUAUAUCCAGCCUUGGAUAUCUGGCCAUCAAUAUAGUUACAACACUCGUGGUGGGAACUACCCGUAAAAUUACUAUUAUGCUGUACUCACCACAAGACUCCGGUUCUGAGGUGUUGUCUGCUAAAGCAAUGAUGGGUAUGAUCCAUUGGAAGUAGUUUUCUUAAAAGAAGCAACAUUUUACAUUGCUGAUGGCAAGCAAAAAUAGUUGAUAGCCCUUGACCUUUUCAGGUAGCAACCAAAGUAACAAGAUUGUGUGUUCUAAUCCUUUAGAUUUAAAAUCCACUAUCAGCUGCUCAUCCAGUUUCUCCUAAGAGUGUCUGGUGUUUUAUUUUUCUAAUACUUGGCUAACGUCAUUUUAUUGAUGGUCAAAAUACUUGUUUCGAUGUGGUAAAGCUGAAUGAAACAUCCUUGUCAGACAUGCAUUGUUGCCAAGUAUUACGAAAUGUAAUCAAAGGUCAAAUCUCAUCGGUUGACUCUCACAGUUCAUUUUCAAUAGGAUGGUUUUCACAAAUGCUUCUGGAACCAGUGUCAGUCCAAGCUGCUGUGUUUUUAGGAAGUAUCUGUAGUCUGUUGUGACAUGCAGUGUUCCUAGGUUUCAAGGGAAGUGGUGACUAUUCUGAAGUUGAGAUUUCCCUGGCUGCCAUGGUUCCUCUGAAAUGUCAAUGCAAUUUAAGCAUGUGAGUUGCCUCUUAUUUUAAAAGAGUCAGCAGAGAAGGAUGUUUUGUUGUGGUAAGUGCAUUAUUACCUCAGGUGACCUUGUCCAAGGUGCUGACUGAGUAAUCAUACUCACGCCUGUAGAAGCUGGUCGGUUGUGACAGACUAAGAUUUUUUAGGUGUGAUUUGCUGUUGAAGUACAAUUGGGUGUGUAGAAACCAAAAGUAUGGUUGCUGAAAUUGGGUACUUUAACUUGGUCCUUAUCCUGUUGAGCUGUGUAGGCCCACUUGUAGUAGUAAAAUGUGCAUAGGGGUACUCAAAGUAAAGGUACUGCUGCUGCAUAAGAUUGUUGCUGUUUUAUCGGAAUGUGCGUCUAUGCUAUUGUUGCUGGUAUCCUUUGCCUAGGCCAAACUGUCUCCGGUAUUUAUCUACAACUGUACUACUUUGGAAAAUGGAAACUUGCUGUCUGGAUGGACCAGAUUCAUAGUGUUCGUGGAUGGGUGGGGACGGUGGUGUUACAGGUCCCUUUUUUUUUUUUGCUGUCGUGCUGCACAUAUCAGAAGAUCUCAAUGUGGUACCUGCAAGGUUAAACACCUCUCCAAGCAAUGUGAGAUGAUCUGAUAAUCUACAGAGCGUGACUGCAUAAAUUAUAACCUGGAACACCACCAUAGUGACCACCUGGUUAGGUCACUGGACUGAUUGGGCUGUCCUUGCCUGUGGGUGGCAUUUGGCUGUGCCUCUGGUUCAUUGUGUGAUGUGAGGCCUGUCUCCCUUGCAGCCAGACGGGGAAGAAGCUAAUGGCCAAGUGCCGGAUGCUGAUCCAGGAGAACCAGGAGCUGGGGAGGCAGCUGUCCCAGGGACGUAUCGCCCAGCUGGAGGCAGAGCUGGCCCUGCAGAAGAAGUACAGCGAGGAGCUCAAGAGCAGCCAGGACGGUGAGAACACAACAGCUCACCUCCAUCUACUCAGACCUGGGUUCAAAUAGUAUCAGCAUUCAUGUUUUUCCAUAAAAUAAAUUACGCUUUAAAUGUUACAUUUCAGCACAGCGAAGACCCAUGUGUGCUUUGUAGCGCCCCUGGUUAUUAAUCUGUGCUACAGUAAAGUGUGGUCUGUAACCUCUGCAUUGGAGGAGCUAUAUUCUCCUCCACAUGUAUUCAGCAGACCUGUACAUUCAGAUGCAGGAGCUUUUGCUAAGGCAUUAGUUAGACAUAUUUCUAAUAUUCAGUGUAUUUUCCUGCUGGCUGAAAAAAAAUUAUAAAUGUUUGCCUUAAUUUACCUGGGGCGGUCUCUCUUUUUCUUGAACCUGACUGCGUUCAUUGUCCCUGUAUUCUGACCGGUGGCUUUGUCUGUUUUUGUCCCUCCCAGAGUUGAACGAUUUCAUCAUCCAGCUGGAUGAGGAAGUGGAGGGCAUGCAGAGCACCAUCCUGGUCCUCCAGCAGCAGCUCAGGGAGACUCGUCAGCAGCUCUCCCAGAACCCAGCUCAGGCUGCCUCUUCUGGGGCAGGGCCCAGCAGGACUUCACCCUCCAACGAGCCCCCCAGCCAGCCCGAGCAGCCCUCCACCCCCUCCUCCGCCCAGGCAGGGAAAGACUGCGGAAGGGUCUCCAACGGACCAAGCAACGGCAGCUCGUCCUCCCAGAGGAGUGCGGCGGCCACCCCCAGCCUGUACCGUGAGGUCAGCAGCGCAGAGGAAGACUUUCCCCCGUCCUCCAUGGUCUCCAGCCCCGGCGAAGGCGAGACGAAACUCUCCAACCACUCAGAGGAGGCGGUGGGGGGCCAGACUGGUGGCGGUGCAGGGGGCGCAGGAGCAGGGGGGUUCGGGAGCCAGCUGAGCGCAGGGUAUGAGAGCGUGGACUCCCCAACGGGCAGCGAGACGUCCCUGACGCAGCACUCGAACGACACAGACUCCAACACCGACCCCCAUGAGGACAAGGCUGCCCCGGUCAUCAAGGGCAACAGGACUGCGGGGUCGCGGCAGGCUCAGAACGGCCUGAGCGCGAGCGGUGGCACAGUUUUGUAAUGUACUUUAUAAUAACACGUAAUUUGUCUUUUUCUUUUUAUACGAGACACAAACAAAAACAAACACAUAGUUGGUAACACAGUACUGCUGUCCAGAACUUUUUCUCCUCUCUCCUUUGCCUAUCGUGAUACCUCUUCCACAAGAUAAAGAAAAUAAUUUCGUUGCUAAACAGGAACAUUACGUGAAAUUAAUUAAUGUAUGUAGAUAUGAAUUGAGUUUUGUAUGAUUCAAGCUAGAUCUUUUUUUCUUUGGUCUUUUGGUUAUUUGAACAUGUGGAUCCAUAACAUUCUUGUUUGAACUCUUGACAAACUCAAAUUAUCAAGCAUCUGGUGUUGUAGUCAUGCUCAAUAAAAGUCAAUAAACCACAGUUCACUUUAGUAGCUUUGCAAUGUUGAAGGAUGUUAUCUUUUAGAUGUUGACUUUUAUUUUUUUUAUCCUUGGCAAAAUAAUACGUUUCUGUUUGACAAUGUGUGUGGUUUCUACGCGAUGUACCUUGUUGAAUUCAUUAUUCUGACUUCCAUCCUUUUCAUGUACUGACCAAAUAUCAAUAAAGACUUUUAAUAUGA